AAGUCAUUUAAUUUUUUCCCGCGGAAUCCGCUUCCGAUCACACAAUCCAACUCCAACUAACUCUCUCUCUCUCUCUCUCACAAUUAAACCCUCUCCCCAUUACUCCAACAACAUCUUCCGUCUCUCUCAUGUCCACGGCGGCGCCUCCUUCCGCCGCCGUGACCACCAGCGGCGCCGGCCUCGGGUACGGCAUCGCCAUCGCUGUCAGCAUCCUCGUCCUCAUCUCCACCAUCAUGCUCGCCUCCUACGCCUGCGUCCGCAUCAAGGCCAACGCCACUCGCCGCAGCACCACCGCUCACUACGACCAAACGCAAAACGCAAACACCGCUGGGCCUGGGCCCGGGCCCGUGGCGGUGGUCCUGGGCCUGGAAAAGCCGGCCAUCGAGGCCUACCCGAAGAUCGUCCUCGGAGAGAGCAGGCGGCUGCCCAGGCCGAACGAAGGCCCGUGCGCCAUCUGCCUAUCCGAGUACCUUCCCGAGGAGACCCUACGCUGCGUUCCGGACUGCCACCACUGCUUCCACGCCGACUGCGUCGACGAGUGGCUACGGAUGAGCGCCACGUGUCCCCUCUGCCGGAGCUCCCCCGCCCCCUCGCCGCUGCCCACGCCGCUCUCCCAACUCGUUCCGCUGGCUUUCCACGCCAGGUGAUUCCUUCUCCUUUUCUAACAAUUUUUUUUUAUUUAAUUGUUCUCACCAAAUUAUCGGAAUAUGUGUUCAUUGUCGUUUCCUAAUUUUAUUAUUUUUCUUCUUCUUUUUUUUUCGGACUCUGGUUUCCAACCAUGUCAUAGAAUUUUCAUUAGUUAUUACAAUCAUAGUGAGUUCAAAUCUAAAAUCAUAGGGAUACUAUUUUAACUCUCAUUAUUAAAUUGACCAUUUUAAAUAUAUUAAUCACAAAUCUCCAAAUAUAUAUAUAUAUGUGGUUUAUCCUCUAUCAGCUAUAGUGCAGAUUAACUCUCACGAGGAUAACUUCAAUUUUUUAAUUUAUUUUGAGUUAAGUACAUGCUAAUUUUUA